GUUAGCCGUAAAAAACAAACUUUUUAUGGUUUUAUCCACAUUUUAGGUGAAUGUGUGUAUUCCUUGUGAGAGCACGGUGCGUUGGGGAUGUGUUGUGGGGAUGUACCGGCUGAGUGGUGGGCGGUGAGAGCGGUUGAUUGAUGAUUAGAUUUACGGUGUGGAUCACGGCGGGGAGAGAGGAUGACUCACUCCGUCUGAUGUGAUGUUCACCCCGCAACAGCUCGGCAGUGCGGUGGCACGCCGGUACUUCAGCCUCUUACUGCUCUGUGCACUCUAAUAAAAGUAAAACUUUGGGGUGAACUGUAAACAUGCGUGUGGAUGACACCGAGGGAGCUUGUUUGUUUGAAAGUUGAGCGGCUGUCACUUGGUAGUUACUGAGACAACGAGCGUCGUGAUUUACCGUAAAUUUCGUGACGCCUGAUUGCCAUGGAAACAGUGCUCCUGUGCUGAGGAAACAGUCCGUGUUAACUUCAACAUCAACCUCUCCAGUGGGGUCGGAUAAACCUGUUGGAUAUCUCACUGUUUCUGUUUUAGACUGCGUUUCUACUCUGGAUUUAGUUUUCAUUUAUAUUUGACUACAGACCAGGUGAGAAAGGCUGAUGGAGCUUCAAACGGAGAAGAGGUUCCAUAACUUAACCCUUGACCAAAUCCAGGCUUUGGACAAGGUUUUGACUGAAGUCAUCCCCAUCCAUGGGCGUGGAAAUUUUCCUACUUUGCAGGUGAGAGCUAAAGACAUCAUCCGUGUGGUGAAGGAUCGGCUGGUCGAAAGAGAUAUCCAGGUUAAAGAUAUACGCCUUAACGGUGCAACUGCAAGUCAUGUCCUGGUGAGGGAUAACGGUCUGGGCUACAGAGAUUUAGACAUCAUUUUUGGAGUGGAGCUGCCCAGACAGGAGGAUUUCCAGGUGAUUAAGGAGGUGGUGCUGGGCAGCCUCCGAGACCUCCUCCCCUGUGGAGUUAACAGAAGAAAAAUCACCUGCCUGACAAUGAAAGAGGCAUAUGUGCAAAAGAUGGUCAAAGUGUUCAAUGAGCAUGAUAGAUGGAGCCUCAUCUCUCUAUCUAACAACAGAGCCAAAACUGUGGGGCUGAGGUUUGUCAGCUCCCUACGAAGACAGUUCGAGUUCAGCGUGGACUCCUUUCAGAUUAUUUUAGAUCGAAUGCUGGAGUCUUACUGGGAAACCGAAAGGAGACAGGGGGUGAAUUUGUCGCUGAAUUCUGAAAACAUGUCAAAAUCCGACAACGGGAAUGAAAACAAAGAGCAAGAGCAAGCAACCAUUCCUCAGGAAGUAGAAGAAGAUGCUGAGAAAGAUUCCAAAAUGGCAACCAGUGAACAAAGUCCAUGUAAGAAUGAAGCUGUUGCUGCGCUUGAGAAUGAGCUGUCAUAUGCAGAGGCUGAGAAUGUAGACAGAAAGCCUGAGGAGGAGCAGGUUUUAGUGCCUGAUAGUGUUAACUUGCAGUCGCCGCCUGAGCAGGAGGAAGAGGAUGUGGGUGAUAUUGAGGACGUUAAUUCAGAGGAGGACAUUGUGUUUGAGCUAUGUGAAGAAAACGUAGAGGAGAAAGGCCAGUUCCAUAGCGAUUAUCCUUUGGUUUCAUCUCCUAAAACUCUAUUUGCAGAAGUCAGGGAUCCUGCGAUGAUACAUGCGUGCUUAAAGCUUCAGAGUAAUGAAGAGCUAUCUGAAUCACAAGCCUCCCUGCCACCAUCUAGAACACACACAGAAAAGACUGCCUCAAAGGAAAUAGACCAAUAUGAAGACAUUACUCAGUUUAAAGUAGACUCGGUUAUCCAGAGGACUGAAAACACUUCAGGCUUACAAGAUUUACAUCUGGAAUUCUCCUUUCCUCCUCCAGCGAAGAAAACGUGCAGCACAUCACAGGACAUUGUACCAGACUACUGCCCCUCCCCGAAAUUACAAAGAAAAAUGUCACGAAAACUCAUUAGUAAGCAACAGCUCCCUGAGAAAUGGUCUUUACUGACUGAUUUGUCAGAUCUCACAACACAGCUCUUUCCUCCCAUAGAAAUACCCAAACCACUUCAGCAAAAGCCUGCUUUGUUGGACAGCGUACAAGACUCCAGGCCAGAGACUUUGGGAGAUACAGAAGCCCUCACAACUCCCCCAUGUAACCCAGAUAUUGCUCUUCAGGAAGAAGCUGACUCGCAUGAAAAUGUUGAACAAACUGUUAAGCCAAAACAUGCAAAGAAGCCUCCUGACUCAGAGACUCCAAGCAGCACAUGUGUAGCAAACAUAUCCACAGAACCUGCUGCUGAACAGAAAAGUGAACCAGCAGAGGCCGUCCCAGGGUCCUGCUCAUGGACCGGGGCAGUUGGGGAACCCACCCUCACAGUGGAAGCAGAGUGUAUGUACGGAGACUUCAACCAGGCAUUGGAUCACCUCCGAAACCGCCUCAUUGCCACCCACAACCCAGAGGAGAUCCGAGGGGGUGGGCUGCUGAAAUACAGCGACCUGCUGGUACGGAACUUUAGACCAGCCAGCGAGACCGAGAUCAAGUCUCUGGAGCGCUACAUGUGCUCCCGCUUCUUCAUUGACUUUCCUGACGUCAGUGAGCAGCAGCGUAAAAUUGAGGCCUACCUCCAAUGCCAUUUCAUUGGCAACGAGGAGACGAGUAAAUACGACUACCUGAUGACGUUGAGGCGUGUGAUUGAUGAAAGCACUGUCUGUUUGAUGGGACACGAGAGGAGACAGACGCUCAAUAUGAUCACAGUUCUGGCGCUGAGGGUUCUGGGUGAACAGAACGCCAUUCCCAACACGGCCAACGUCACUUGUUUCUAUCAGCCAGCACCUUACAUGACAGAACCGAUUUACAACAGCUACUUUAUUACUCAGGCCCAGCCCCCGCUCGUCUAUCACCCCUACCCGCUCCACGUCCACAUGCAGACUGGCCUGGUGUAGCUACGGUGACAUGCCCACAGGGAGGCAUGUAGGCCGAUUCUUUCAGCAUGGUGCUCUGCAAACAGAGGCACAAAUGUUCCUUUUACAACAAGCAACCAUGGGCGCGGUGUUGUUUAAUGCUUUGAAAUCCCUCCUGCUUAUGACAUGAACGGUAAAGUUCAGAAAUGAAAGGAGUCUUAAGGCGAAGCAGGUCGCCCUUUCAAGAUGGAGACUUUCAAACAGGAAAGAAAGAGCUCACUUUGACAGAGGAGUUCACGGAUAUGUUGGGACUGUUUCGUGGCUGUUUCAGCCCAGUUGUGGCUGUUAAGAAGAAAGUUGUAAUGUAAUAAUUCUUUAUGGCUACAAGUUAAACGUAUCUAGCAUAUAAAAACAUAUCUAAUGACAACUAAAAUCAUGAUCUGGGUAUGGUUUGAAUCAUGAGCAUUUUAAUGUUUCUAUAAACCUGCAUAUCUGUAAGUGAAUUUUCAUCCUCUGUGGAGUGAAUUUCAGUAUGUGACUAUACCUUUGUAUCCACUGUGCAGAAACAGAACAUUUACUGACAGCGUACUUUAGCACUUUAGCUCUGGUACUUCCAUGAUCUUCUUUUUGUGAAUGCAGACACCUAAUUUCCAUUGGUAGAAACAUGAAUUCCAGCAUUUUACUCAGAAAUUCAGGUUUGAUCUAGUCACAGUGAAUGAUACACUAUAUGGUCUAAGACGGGGUUUGGUAUAGCUUUUUUUAACUGUAGUCACAUAAGAGGUGAACAAAGGUUUGUAUACAUACAUCUUGUGAACUUACCUGCGUUUUGUCAACAUUCUCUUAUUCUAACAAAAAAAGUAAAGACUUGUCUCUCUGGCAUAUUUAACGGUGUAUUGAUAAGUAUUAGCAUUUUUAAUUUUGGAGUAAAAUCCUGUGUGUUUGCAUACCUUGAAUGAAGUGACUCCAUAAAAGCAUGUUGCAUUUUGUUUAAGAGAGGACGUAUCCCUUAAAGUAACUUUCUCAAUCUUCCAGAUCUGAGUAGAUUUUCUGUGUGUAUUAAAUGGUGACAGUCGUUUGUUGUAGUGGACAUAGUGAAUGUCAGUUCUGUGGGGGUUAUGCCUGCCAUUGUGUGCAAAAACCUUCCUGCACAUUUGAAUUAUUUAAGCAGUCCUGGAUGCAGACAGCAGUCACAGCACUGUGUCCCUGUGCGUUGUGCUCGUUGUGUAUGCAUAGCUAUGUGUAUUCAGUAUUGUAAAACAAAAAAAAACAUGCACCGGUUAGGAUAUGUGGACUGCUGACACUGAAUAUGACACUGAAGCACAAGUGUAAAUGCACCUUCCUGUUGUUAAUAAAGAUGUUUGUGAAUCUACAAUUAAACACAAAUAAAAUAUUACGUGCAGUAGUGCCAUAUGUAGCUUUAAAGUACGUUAUGAUUGUAUCUAUCUAGAGACUUUGGAUAUGUUGUGUAUCGUAGGAAAUGUUUGACUUAUAGACAAAUGAAAAUAUUCCUGGUAAUGUCAUUUCAGUUUGUUGUUAUUGUGACAAUAAACAUAACACAGCUGC